AGACGCUAGAAUUUUAAAGAAACUAAAACAUCUUUUGACUGUAAAGAUCAGCUACUGGCUAGUAUCAUGUCUCGACCAGUGCCUUCGUUGGAUUUAUAUAAUUUUGAAGAUAAUCAAUAUGAAGAGAGUAAAUAUGUAUUAACGAGUCCCAGAUCUUUAGAGGCGUGUUCUCAGCUUGGUGUUAAACCAAUAGAUCUUCUGUAUAAACCACUCUCAGAGUAUCAGGAAGAACUGCUGCCAGAAGAAAUUCCACUUCGUACCAUUUUUAAUAUCUAUGAUGAUCAGGAACAAUGCAGACAGACAAAAUUACAAUUGUGUCGUAAAGAAAGGAGUAGGAUUAUAGAAGAUAGAAAUAAAAGUCCAACUCGAGUUUGGAGUACAUCCAGACGUAGAAACUACUCUGUAGAAAGACCAUCCAGUGCUAGAACAUCCAGUAGAAAACAGAAAUGUAUCAGAGUUACUAGAUCUCAUUCAGAUGAUGAUUUAUGUACAGAGAAACUACAGAGAAAGAGAACUGCAUGGGCCACUAGUAUAGGACAUAAACGUUUAACACAUAAUGAACUAGAGGCUAGAGCUAAUGAACUACAUGAAGAAAGUAUAAGAUUACGUAAAGUUUUAUUGGCCAGAAAAACAGGCAAAUCACCUACCAGGGAGAGCAGAAGUAGAAAUAGAGUAGGAAUUACCUCCCCUAGACAACGAAGUUCAAGUGUUAACAGAAGUCUAUCAUGCUCUUCAGUGGAUCCAACACAUAGGCGUUCACAUUCAGCUUCUAGAUUACAGCGUUCACUUUCAGCCACAAGACCAGAGCGUUCACUUUCAGCCACAAGAGCUCAGCGUUCACUUUCAGCCACAAGAGCUCAGCGUUCACUAUCUACAAAUAGACCCCAACGCUCAGUUUCGACUUCUAGACUAAACUAUUCCACAGAGAUUGGUAUUCCACGAAGGGAUCAAAAGAUAUUAGAUAUUAUGGAAGCAAAACGCCAAGAAGAUAAAGCUUUGAAAAGAUUACAACACAGGGCAAUAUUGGGUUGGGAUAAAGAAAGACUACUGGAGAAAAAAUCGCGAAAUGAUGCUGAAAACAGACGUAGAAAAUUAUUAGCUGAAGAAAGCAGAAUACAUCAAAAUAAACUGAAAUCUAAACAGGAAAUGAAGAAGAGUUUAAACAAUGAAGAGGAAGAAUUAAGAAAAGAAAGAUUAAAACAGAAAAACCUUAAAUGGAAAUCUUCCUUUUUACGUCAACAUUUAACAAAGGAACAGAAAGCAGCAGAUAGAAAAGUAUUUAACCAGUUAAAAAGACGUACACAGAGAAAGAAUCUAGAAUUAAAAGAAAUGGAAACAGAUGCCUAUAUUGACAGACUGACACGAAAACAGAAUCAUCACCUAAAUAAAUCACAGAAUUAUAGAGAUAAUAGUUUAGAACAUAGAAACAAGAAUUUAAUGAUGAACAACCGAAAUGAAAGAAAAUUUCACAAAACGAGGAAAAAUCUUCUAGAACAUGAAUUAGUCGAUGAUCUCGAUAAAUCCAGGAUGAUGGAUGACUUACGACAUUCCAGAGCUAAAUCUAAUUAUAGUAAAUAUCUAGACAGUCAAUAUCGAGCUAUCAGUCUCUUACAAGAGGCCAGAGAAAAUCGACAUGCUAAAGCACAAGAAUCCAUACAGAAGAUGGAAGAAGAACUGGAAUCCUGGAGAAAACAAACUCUUAAAGAAAGGAAAGAGGCUGAUAAAUAUGCUGACAAUGUAGUUAAUAGAGUCAACCAGUUAAAAUCAUUGAAAGCUCAUAAUAAUAGAUUAAGUAAAGAACUUGAACAUCAACAGAAUAGACAAAGAGUUGAAGCAGAAGAAGAAGCGUGGAGACACGGUACAAAAAUAGAUGUACAAUACAAAAAUAGAAAGAGUGAUUUGAUUCAGAGAGAAAAAGACUUUGCUGUACAACAGAUGCGGGCAACAGCAAAAGUCACACAAGAACUGCGUGAUUCAAUACGUAAAAAAUAUGACACUGAUACAUUUGAUAAGAAAGUUUUACAAGCUCAGAUUCAUGCUAAUCUCGGAAAACGAACACCCAUGAAAGCUUUGAAGAAUAGAUCCAGUGUUGAGCUUUGUUGA